GAUUCCUGACCGGCCGAACAAACCUCAGUUUGCACAUAGAGAGUGUACGUGCAGUUUCCUAGUUGACAACCUUUGAUUACUCUACAAAGUUAAAUAUUAAACAAGAUGUCGUACAAAGUGGAGCCACUGCCUGAUUCGUACGCCGGCCUGGGCGAGGGACCUCACUGGGAUGAGCAGCGUCAAUCGCUCUAUUAUGUGGACAUCGAGGCGGGCGGUCUGCUGCGCUACGAUUACAAGCAGAACAAGGUGUACAAGGCGCAAAUUGAGGGAGAGAAGCUGGCUGGCUUUGUGCUGCCCAUUGCUGGUAAUCCACAGGAAUUUGCCGUCGGCUGUGGUCGUCGCGUAGUCAUUGUGAACUGGGAUGGCGCUUCACCCGUAGCCAAGCCUGUCCGUACUUUGUUUGAGGUGCAGCCAGAGUAUGAGGCGAAUCGCUUCAAUGAUGCUAAAACUGAUCCUCGUGGUCGUCUUUAUGGUGGCACCAUGCGCUACAUUGGGGAUGAGUUUGUGCAUCGCCAUGGCGAGCUCUAUAUGUGGCAGGCAGGCAGCAAUGCUGAGGUGGUCAAGAGCGAUGUGGGCAUCUCCAACGGUCUGGCUUGGGAUGAGCAGAACAAGAAAUUCUACUACAUUGACACCACCGACUAUGAGGUCAAGUCCUACGAUUAUGAUGUCAACACUGGCAAAGUUAGCAAUCCUAAGGUCAUUUAUAAUUUGCGCAAGACCAGCCCCAAGGAUCAUCUGCUGCCCGACGGCAUGACCAUUGACACUGAAGGCAAUCUCUAUGUGGCCACCUUCAAUGGCGCUACCAUUUACAAGGUCAAUCCCAGCACUGGUAAAGUAAUGCUGGAGAUUAAGAUGCCCACCAAGCAGAUCACCUCUGUGGCCUUUGGCGGACCCAACAUGGAUAUCCUGUAUGUGACCACCGCAGCCAAAUUUGAUCAGCCUUCGCCUGCUGGCACCACCUACAAGGUGACUGGGCUCAAUGCCAAGGGUUAUCCUGGCGUAAGCCUGAAGAUCUAAGCUCUCAAAUUUCAUAAGCAUUGUUUUUUUUAGACCUACAAUUAUUUUUGUAAUAUCACAUCCUGUGCAAUUUGCAAUAAAGUUUUUUU